UUGUUUUAAGAGUGAGUGGGUUUAUCUGGAACUUUGAUAUACCUUUCACCAGAUUAUCAAACGUUAGGUAGCCUACUUUCACUACAGUUGCACACCAGACAACUUGGUCAUGGCUAUUUAGAGAAACAUUCCGCAAUGGAGCAAAGCUCCUUCAUCUACAAGUGCCUCCAGAGGGGUCUAUGGCUCGGGUGCUUUCCUUGUCUCGGUGCGUGAGUUUGCGGCAGCCCUUGCGGCUGGCCGUCAGGAGCAUGUCACUGGACCAGCGGGCGCGGGAGGUCUUUGCUGCUGCAGUGGAGGCCGUGCAGCCGGACCGGGUGGUGAGGCGAUGUCUGGAGCGACACGGUGAACAACUUCAAGUGGGCGGUCAAACUUUCAAACUCUCUCACAACGUCCAUCUCGUGGGUUUCGGCAAGGCCGUGCUUGGCAUGGCAGCGGAGGCAGAGAGGAUUGUGGGAGAUCACCUGGUGAGAGGAGUUAUUAGUGUACCGCACGGCAUUCAGGAGACCCUGAAACAGCAUGGCAAAGAACAGAUGCUGCUCUCGAACGGGAGCCGAAUCACAGUGAUGGAGGGGGCCAAGCACAACCUGCCAGACACAGACGCCCAGCAGGCUGCGGAAAGCAUCAGGCAGCUAGCCAGUGCCCUGACAGACAGUGACCUUUUGCUGGUGCUCAUAUCAGGUGGCGGGUCGGCUCUCCUCCCAGCUCCUGUGCCUCCCAUCUCUGUGCAAGAGAAACAGGAUGUGACCCGGCGGCUGGCUGCUGCUGGAGCUACUAUCCAGGAGCUGAACACAGUGAGGCGGUCCCUUUCCCUGCUCAAGGGGGGAGGUCUUGCUGCCUGUGCUCGGCCUGCACAGGUGGUAUCUUUGAUUUUGUCUGAUGUAAUCGGUGACCCUCUGGACCUAAUUGCCAGUGGCCCCACGGUCCAGUGUGAGAUAUGGCCUGAGCAGGUUUGGGCUAUCCUAGAGCACUACGGCCUCUCUUCCUCACUCCCCGCUUCAGUGACGGAGGUCCUGAAGCAGGCUGGCAGUCAGGCAGACAGGCUAAGUGGCUCUGCUGAGGAGUCGCACGUGCUAAAUGCAGUCAUCGGCUCCAACAGCAUUGCGCUGGAGCGCGCCGGUCGACGUGCCCGGGAGCUGGGUUUCCGGCCGCUUGUGCUCUCGCCUGGAGUGUGUGGGGACGUGCGGUCUGUCUCUCACCUUUACGGCCUGCUGGCGCGCUUCGCUUCCGCCGCAGCCAUCCCUGGCCAGCCCGACCCGUUGCCCGCGCUUGCUGACAAGGUGCUCCAGCUGGGCCCGGAGGUGGGCGUUGAGAGCUGGGACCUCAUGCGCACGCUCAAGGUCCUGGAGGACAGCCGGGAUGAGAGCUGGGGCGCCACCUGCCUAUUGGCCGGAGGAGAGCCCACCGUGCAGCUGACAGGGAAGGGUCGCGGCGGGCGCAACCAGGAGCUUGCCCUGCGCGUCGGGCUGGAGCUGGGACAAGGGCCAGUGUUUCUCAGCGGGGGUACCGACGGGCAGGAUGGACCCACCGAGGCAGCGGGUGCCGUCACAGAUGGCGGAUUGGCAGAAGAGGCACACGGACAGGGCCUGCAGACGGCCAGCUUCCUGGCCAACAACGACUCCUUUACCUUCUUCUCUCGCUUGUCGCAGGGCAAGCGAUUGCUUAUGCCAGGUCUGACGGGCACCAAUGUGAUGGAUGUCCAUGUGAUGCUGCUGCCCCCACCACCCACACACUCAAAAGCACACUGACACACACACACACACACGGAACACUCAUGGACUGAAAAGACUGUAGGUUUGACUAGUUCAUGAUCAUGUCGUGUCAACUGCACUGACUCUAUUGCCACUCUUGUGCGGCUAUGUAAUAGGUGCUAGCUCCCUGAACAUGGCUGCUAAUGUGCUUCAUGAGUUAAUGAUUAAAAUUCCACAUUUA